AUUCUGCGCCGUGCUCUGGGCUCUGGGGCCUCCUGCGUUGGCCUGAUGAAGAGAGACACGGACAACCACUCCUUCUUCUUGGGUUCCCUGGGCAAGCUCCACACUCUGGGAGUGCAGAUGGACCCAUCGGCACUCUAUCCGCCCGUCCCGUGGCCAGUGCCACGCGGCACUCCGAAUAUUGGCCACCUGGUGAGUUGGGACCACACGCAGCAGUGGGCCGUCGCAUCGUGGAAAGACUUUCCUGGCCUGGUAGAGGGAAAGGACGAUACUGUGAAUAUUGACAUCAGCGGAAACGAGUACGACGCCUACCUGGCUGGGCAUCGGCCCCAUGGCGAGGCGACGUUCCCUGUGGGUGGUCACCUGGUGCUCGUGUGGAAAUCUCUGAGUAGGCGUCGCGGCAAGGUUAUCGAGGAGGUGCCCGUCAUCUUCGAGAACGUCAAACUGCACAAGAACGUUGUCCUGCCUGAAACGAGUUCCCUGCGCCUUGUCGUGACCAUCAUGUACUCCUCCGGCGAGUUCGAAGUCUGUGAAGAAGGCGGCGCGGUGGCGGCAAGCGGUUGCAUUCGCAUUGCCGAAGGUGGGUCCUCGGCGUUCGACACGGACCUGCCGGUGACCUGUGCGGAGAGCACAGCCUACGAGCUAGACGCCGAGGGCAUAUACAAGGAGCUCACCGUGCGCGGUUACGACUACCAAGGAGAUUUCCGAGGCAUCACGCAGGCAGACUUACAAGAGCCGCGCGGAAAGCUCCAGUGGAAGGAGAACUGGGUGACCUUCGUCGACAGCAUGAUCCAGUACAUCAUGUUCAAAAGCCCUGUCCGAGUGCUCCGCAUGCCUACCAGCAUUGAAUUUUGUAGCUUGGACCCCUGCGAACACGCUGAAGUGAUCAAGAAGGCCGGUGACACAGGCGUGGAAGUCAUCUGCAAUAAGAUCACAGACACUUGCCGCGCUGGAGGUGUCGUCAUACGAGGUCUAAAGACCAACACCAUCGACAACGGCGCCGAUCAACAGACACCGCUCGUCGAAGAGUAUCGCUUCGUGCCUUACCUGGACGACAAAGGAAGCAAGGACAACAGAGAGUCUCUCACGCGCGAAUACGCUGAAGUCUGUUGCAGCCUUGCGAGACGGGCCCUCAACGACUUCUGCGAGAGCAACUGCUCUCUUCGUGACGCUAUGAGCGCCGUCCGUAACGUUCCCGAGCACGUUGUCAGCCAGUACCUUAACGAGUCCGAUAAAAAUCAUGCCCUCCUGCGCUUUCUUAACACUAUCCAUGAGCAAAAAGACCGCACUGACAAUACCAUUGCAGCGUAUAUCAAGUCAGCGCUGCCUGCACUCAAGGAAGACUUGGAAACCGAUGUACUCAACACUGCUCUUUUUGAGGAAGAUCCUCUCAGAUUUCUCCUUGACAUCGUGGUGGAAAACACUAACCCGGAGAGGCUCCGAGUACUGGAAUUUGCUGCUCAAGGGAGCGACUGUCUGCUGGUCUCCUGGGUGACAACGUACCUUUCAAAGUUCAAUUUAUUGCCCACUAUCGAAUACACAAUAGCCCAUUCGUCUCCAGAGAGACUGUCAGGAAAGAUCCCUCAAGGUUCCUCAGUAGUGUCACUGGGCUCGGCAACAUCCAGGAAGAAGCUUCCUGAAGUGGACUUGAUUAUGGCCCGAAGUGCCACGUGGUCCUCUGUAGAAACCAAGAACCUCGCCGAUGAAAUGUCUUCCAUUUGCAGAGAAAGCGGUUUCGUUCUGCUUGCCCAACGCACAGCACUGACACCCGCGGAAUCGCUGCUCGGUAAAAUCGGGGGCGUCGUGCUUCAAGUGGCGCCCGCCGACGAGGUGGAAGCACAGUUUUUGAAGCAUGGGCUAAGCCUGGUGGCUUUCAAGUCGAAUAACGUGUCUGCCCUCUAUCUGUUCAGGAAGCGUUCCGUGCCCGUCGAAGAGGCGAAGCAGGAAAUAUUCCAGGUUAACAGCAAACGUAGUGGCUUGGUCGAUUUGGUAAAGAAGAAGGUUAUUGACUACGAGUGGAAGCCGCAAGGAGAGAACAUGUGGCUACUCGCGGAGGAGGCUGGAGCAAGCGGCGUGGUUGGUUUGACGAACUGCCUCCGAUACGAGUCCGGUGGGAGACAUAUCAGAUGUGUGUUCGAUGCUGGUUCCACCGAGACGAACGCGGUGGCUGACUUCAACCCGGGAAAUCCAAAAUACCAGAGCGUGGUACAAAAGGACCUCGUCAUGAACGUUUACCGAAAUGGGCAGUGGGGCUCCUACCGGCAUGUGGUCGCAAAAUCAUUGGAAACAACGAAGAACAGCACACAGUUUGCAGUGUUGAACUUGGGAAAACGUGGCGAACUCUCCAGUCUGGAUUGGUACGAAUCCCCGGUGCCUUACGCUUCUCUGCCCACCUCCAAGACUGCGACUGAACCAAUAUUGUGUGAUGUCCACUUCGCGGCGGUCAACAGUCGAGACGUCACGUUCGCCAGUGUAGAGCUGCCGCCAGAGGCCUUUGUAGGCGACUUGGAAAAUGCGGAGUCCAUUCUCGGACAAGAGUUUUCUGGAACGGACCAAACAGGGCGUCGCGUCAUGGGCCUCGUGUCAAGCCAGGCGUUGGCUACCGUGGUUGCGGCAGACCCCGACCUUCUGUGGGAAGUUCCUGAUGCGUGGACCCUGACGGAAGCGUCAACCGUUCCUUUGUCUUACUCAACCGCUUACUAUGCCCUGUCGGUGCGGGGAAACAUGCGGCCAGGCGAGUCUGUGCUCGUCCAAAACGGCAGUGGAUGCGUUGGGCAGGCGGCAAUCGCCAUCGCUCUGUCCAUGGGGUGCACCGUCUUCGCAACUGUCGGUUCGACAAAAGAGCGGCACUUAAUCAAGAACCGAUUCCCACAGCUUCGAGAGAGGCACAUCAUAAACUACAACAGCCGUUGCAUAGAAGAACACAUCCUUGAACAGACCAAAGAUAAAGGUGUGGACCUCGUGCUCGACACUCUUCGCGGUGGCAGUAGUAAACCUAUCGCUCACUGUCUGGCGUGGAACGGCCGACACCUCGUUACUGAUGCCAUUGGCACAACUUCGCAUCGUCCACGCGAAGAACUGUCCCCGAAGCGCAAUGUCAUCAACGUCAGCGCCGUUGCGACAGACUCCCUGUUCUUGAACGACACCAGUGCAGCGGAAGAGAAGCGGCGAGUCGCUGAACUACUGCGUGGAGGAAUCGCAUCGGGCGCCGUGAGGCCCCUGCCUGCCACCGUGUUUCCGCGGUCUCAGGUUAUGGAUGCAUUCACGCUGGAAGCCUCUGAAGCGAACGCCGGCAAAGUUGUACUUCAGGUGCGACCAGACAAAUGCCAGGAAGCCAAGGACGGCAGUCAACCCUUCACGGUAGAAGCUGUCCCCCGCACAUACUUCUACAGGCACAAGGCUUACAUCAUCGUCGGAGAAGUGAAAAGCUUCGCCCUGGAGUUUGUAGACUGGAUGGUCAGUCGAGGCUGCCGGAAUCUUCUUCUCACCGCAAGUCAUGGAGCGUUUACGGGGUACCAGCGUCUCUGCUUGCACCGGUGGGAGACAGCCGGCGCCUCGGUAGUCUUCAGCGAAGCCGACGUGUCGACAACGCGCGGUACUUUGCAGAUUAUCAAGGAAGCCGAAGCAAUGGGUGCUAUCGGCGGCAUCUUCAACGUUUCUGUGUGCCAUGAAGACAGCUGGGUAGCCGAUCACGCGAAUGAAGUGUUCCAAACCGACUACAAGACCAAAGCCGAGGGCAUGCAACAUCUGGACGAGCAUUCCCGAAAAUUGUGCCCGCAUCUAGACCACUUUGUCGUCUUCUCCUCGGUCUGUUCUGGUCGCGGGACUUCGGGGAGGGCGCUAUCCGGUUACGUCGACUCCACGUUGGAGCGCUUGUGUGAAUGCCGCGUGGCCGACGGAUUUCCCGGAGUGGCCAUACAAUGGGGCGCCAUAGAUGAGGCUGGCCUCGCCCGUGAAGCCCAAGGACAGCAAGCGGAAUUCGAGGCAACACAGCCCCAGCAUAUAAAGUCCGCCUUGGAGGUCCUGGAGAAGUUCCUGAACCAAAACCACCCCGUAGUCUCCAGCUUGGUCAAGGCUGAAGUCACUUCAAGUUCAGAAAAGAAACCAGAAAAGAAUCCGCUGGUUGACUCGGUGGCGCGAAUUCUCGGCUUUCAAGAUUCGUCGAAGCUGAACCACAACACCAAUCUCGGCGAGUUGGGCUUAGACUCUAUAAUGGGCGUCCAGGCACUCACAGUCAUCGAGAAAUACACCGGCCUCGCUCUGUCCGUGCAAGGAAUACGCACGCUGACCCUCAAUGGAUUGCGAGACAUGAGCAAAGAACCACGUGCAAAUUAAAAUUCACGCGAAUACGAUCACUUCUUCGUUUUUCGUCCUUCCCUUGGAGAGUGAUAUGAGUUAACUCAAGUGUUUUCUGCGUCGCCACGAUGGAAUUCAUAAUACUUUAAAAUAAAAAGUGUGAAAACUGUU